UUGCCAUUAUACGGCACUCACAAAAGAGUAUAUUCAAAGAAUACGAGAAUUCGGACACAACCGAGCGCGCACAAUGCCUACCUCCUCUGCUCCCCGCCUCCUCUUCCUCUGCUUCACUCUGCUCUCCCACUUCCACUCCUCCGUCGCUACGCCGCGCCACCUCCGCCUCUCCGUCCAGGACAUCGCCACCGUCGAGGCGGCACAGCCGGCUCGACACCGUGCCAAGGCCAAGACCACCUUCUUCGAGGUCGACCGGCCGCUCCGCCCGCCGCGUGGGAGCUCGGGGCCCUGCUCCACGCUCCUCCUCUCCCACUCAUUCGCGCUCACGCUCACCAAGCCGCCCGUCACCACCGCCUACUCACCGCCGUCCUGCCUGCGCGGCGCGGGGGACGUCUCCCUCGCCGUCCUCGAGUGGCGCGCCGACUGCCACGGCGUCCAGUACGACCGCAUCUUCGGCGUCUGGCUCGGCGGCGCCGAGCUCCUCCGCGGCAGCACCGCCGAGCCGCGCCCCGGCGGCGUCACCUGGUCGGUGCACAAGGACGUCACCAAGUACACGUCCCUCCUCGCCACCGGCAACUCCACGCUCGCCGUCUACCUCGGCAACCUCAUCGACGACACCUACAACGGCGUCUACUACGCCAACCUCACGCUCCACCUCUACUUCCGCCGCAAGGCUCAGUCGGCCCCGACGCCGGCAGCGUCGGCGCCCGCGGAUCUGAUCGUGCCCGUGUCAAGGAGCCUGCCUCUCGACGAUGGUCUAUGGUUCGUUGUCCAGAACGGCACCGACGUCGAGUCCACGCGCGUCACCGUGCCGGCCAACGCGUACCGCGCCGUGCUCGAGGUCUACGUCUCCUCCCACUACUCGGACGAGUUCUGGUACAUGAACACGCCGGACCAGAACGGGCCGUUCCGCGAGGUCACCGUCCAGCUCGACGGCGACGUCGUGGGCGCCGUCUGGCCGUUCCCCGUGAUCUACACCGGCGGCAUCAACCCGCUCAUCUGGCGCCCCAUCACCAGCAUUGGCUCCUUCAACCUGCCCACCUACGACAUCGAGCUCACCCCUUUCCUGGGCAAGCUGUUAGACAACAAGGAGCACGAGGUCGGGUUCGCGGUCACCAACGCGCAGAACUCAUGGUACGUCAACGCCAACCUCCACCUCUGGCUCGAUCCCAAGGCGUCCACCACCGCCGGCGGCCUCAUCUCCCACGACGCGCCGAAGCUAGCGGGAGGCAUCAACUCCCACUCCCUGGACGGCAUCGACGGGGAGUACCGCGCGACGGCGAGCCGCAACAUCUCGGCCACGGGGUGGGUGAGCUCGUCCCGCGGCAACAUCACCACCACGUUCGCCCAGCGGCUGAACUUCGCGAACACGAACGUGGUGAGCAAGAACGGGAGCGAGCAGGCGAUCAACCAGACCAUCGACGCGCACACCGAGGUCGGCGGCGGCGGCGCGUACGCGCACCAGCUGCACCACAGCUUCCCGCUCUACAUCUUCCUCGGCGGCAACGGCAGCGGCACCUCCUCGCAGCGGCUCAUGCGGAAGGUGCAGAUCGGGUUCGUGGAGUCCCGCUCCGGCGCCGUCGCGGGAACGAGCACGCUGCGCAACGAGCAGGUGGCGGAGGCGGUGGUGGUGCUCCGGGACGACCAGGUGGCCGGCGCGUCGUGGCGGAUGCACCAGGUCUACAACUACGGCGCCAGCAACGGCGCCUGCUACGUCAGGAACGUCACCAGCGUCGGCUACGACGUGCUUUUCGACCAUGAUGAGGCGUCGUGCGCCGGCACGGGCCGACGUUGACGCCUGUCGGCCGGCGCACUGCUGCGUGGCGCGCGCGAGUAGAUAGCAGCCAGGAUAACGGCUGGUGUAAAGUGUAAACGGUAAUGGGAACAAAAGUGGACCCUAUUCGUUUCGUUUAGGCUUGUUCAAUUAUGUGAUGAUGAGUCGUUUCGUGUCCUUAGCCAGCCCAUGAAUAAGAAAAGAGUGAUGUGAUGCAUAUGUAGUAACACCCUAGCUGCAAUUAUUCAAUACAGAUCCUAACUCCUAUCUCAAAA